CAAUCAUAUUUGGUAUCAUAUUCACUUAUUAUGAAGCUCAGUUUUAUAACUAUAUUUUAUUUCCCUACAGCGAAAAAAAUACAAAAUCAUAUGUGAUAUAAACUCAACCGAAGAGGCUAAAUUUAGUAUAUAUUGGGAAACGGAAGGGCUGACUGCAUUCAUUUUUGACAUUGCUCAGGUAUACUUGAGAACUUAUUUUCAAGUAAUUUUACGAUCUUUAUUGAUUUGUAUACUGGAAAGUAAAAUAAUCAAUUUUUUUAAUGUUUUGUUAUAUGGGAAGUAGGCGCUGUUGUUGUGAUUAUCUAGAUAAUGUUUAGGGGAAAGCAAUAAGUUGGCUGUCUUCGAAGUCACUUAACGUUAGGCACAGGAAACGAGCUGUUUCGACGGGUUCGGGACAUAGAUAGAGGAGAGUUUAAUGAGUAGGCUUUCUUGGGCAUACAAAGAGGUGAUAAGUGUUAUGCGAGGACUCUUUGCAUGCGGGACAUAGAUUUUGUUUGCCAGGGUCUAGUCUAAAUAAGUAAGAGUUUAACCUGCUACAAUAUCUAGAGCGAAGUUGCGCUAAGGUCACUCUUAUUUCACGCGGCAACUCGAGCUCUUGUUAUGAAAUAGGUAGUUUUUGAACUUCAAGUACGCUGUUCACUGGAAGGGAGCCUAUGAAGGUGUUAAAAGCUCCACUGUGAAUUUAUCUAUCUUUAUAGGUUUUCGGUUAAUGGAGUUUUAUGGGCGUGGCACUGGUCCAAUUACGCCCAUCAACGAACUCGUCUUUACUUUUUUGCCAAGGAAUAUGGGUAGAAAAUUUCAUUACGAUAUCUCAAUUUUUACUCAAGUUACAAGUUAAGUCUUGCACGGACAGACGGGCAAACAGACAUCCAGAUUUCAACUAUAAAAAGUCGUAUUUUGUAAAUUCAAACAACUUAAAUUGUAAUAAUCGAAAUAUACACUAAAGUUGGUUAAUUGGUUGUAAGUUCUCCAGUUUUGCUACGUUAGAGGAGAUCACAACCUUAAAAAUUCACAACAUACUUAAAAGCUUAGAUUUUAGAGCUUUAUUAUAUAACAAGAGACAUUAAUGAAUAUAAAAGCUUAUGCAACGUACAAAUAUAUAUAUAUAUUAUAUAGUAUAUAGGAACUCAUUCAUUCUUUGGAGCAUGUCCACAAAACCGAACACGGCGCUGAAUACUUGCAAGCGUGUUGGAACCAUAAACAGUUUAUACGCGAGAGUGAUUUCGUGCGGACAUGAAUCUCGGCAGUCAACGGAAUCUCAACCGAUUAUAUUGCAAUUAUUGAAAAAUUCGGAAUAUCUUUGGCAAUUAUUGGAAUCAAGUACCUUUAGAAAAUAUACGCAUGUAUUUUACAUGUUAAAUUAUUACUUCCCGAUAGCUACGAAUGCUUUUCGAUGAUGUUACUGCCUUCGGGGCGAUCAAACAGUGAUAGAAUAACAACUCCUCAAUUGGUAGACAAAAGCACAAAUAAAUUGAAAAAUGUACAAACAACAGCGUCAAUAAUAUCAAAAAAUAAUGGACCUGUGUCCACAAUGGACACUAAUUCUCUAUCACCUGGUAAUCAGAGUGAAAACGGAAUCUGUUGUAGCGCUCAUUCCAUUCUUACCUCAAAAUUUCCAGCUUUGAUUGGUACUACGACAGAAGACUAUUCUGUAUUGAGUAAUACUGAAAGUUGGAAGGAAAUUGGUCAACAAUUACAAGCGCUACAGGAAACUCUGAAGGAUGAGUGGACUGUUCAUAUGGGUAAAGAGGGCCGGCUAUAUUAUUGCAACCAUGUUGCUAAGAUUUCCAGUUGGUUACCAUCUAGCGAAGACUGGAGUAAAUAUGAAGUAUUGCCUUAUGGAUGGGAAAGGGCUAUAGAUUCAAAAGGAAGAUCAUAUUACAUAAAUCACAUAAAUAAAACAUCCACAUAUGAGGCACCUGAAAAUGUACAGUGUGAUGGCAAUUUACCCGAACCAAGAAUGGUAACUCUUCAGCGCAGCCCUACCCUAGGUUUCGGUUUCGUUGCUGGCAGCGAAAGACCAGUUAUAGUACGUUUCGUUACAGAUGGUGGACCCAGUAUGAAUAAACUUCAACCUGGUGACCAGAUUCUUGCAGUAAACGGAGAAGAUGUAAAAGAGGCUCCUCGUGAUCAUGUUAUUCAAUUGGUACGAGCUUGUGAAAACGAAGUAACAAUAAUGGUGUGUCAACCAACGCAUAUCUUUGCACCUGGUCGUAAAUCUACACUCCUCUCAGCGGGUAAGCGUGCAAAAUUACGGACGCGACCUAGUCGGGUACGCUUUGCUGAGAGUGUUUGCGUUAAUGGAUCACCGUUAUUUCCGGCAUCUGCAUUUUCAUUGGGCGACAUCUGUGUACCGCCAAUGGCAAAUGUGCUCAAAGUAUUCCUUGAAAAUGGGCAAACAAAGUCGUUCAAAUACGAUUCCUCAACCACUGUGCAGGAUGUGGUGCGUUCACUUCUAGACAAGUUGUGUCUUUCUACAGGGGAAAUCUUUAGCCUCGUAUUGGAGCAUGUGAAAAGUUUAAAACGGAAUAAGCUGACAUUACUAGAUCCUGAGGAAUCUUUGGCGCGAAUCGCUGCGCGGCCUGGUGCUCAUAAAUUGCGAUGUUUAUUUCGCGUGACUUUUGUACCGAAGUCUGCUGGUGAUUUGGCUCAGAAAGAUCUGAAUGCAUUAGAUUAUUUAUAUAUGCAAUGCUGUAAUGAUGUGACACAGGAACGCUUUGCACCCGAACUUCAGCCAGAGGUAGCAUUAAGACUAGCCGCAUUACAUAUGCAUCAGCAUGCAUUGGCCAAUAACAUUUCACCAACAAAAUUAACAGUUAAAGCUGUUGAACGAGAAUUUGGUUUAGAAAGAUUUGUACCGAUAUCUUUAUUCGAGGGAAUGAAACGGAAGGAACUUAGACGUUUGAUAUCGCACUUUCUAAAAUUAAAUGCAGAAAUGACUGGCUCAACCGGUAAAGUUUUGACACAGUUGCAGGCAAAAUUACACUAUUUGGAUAUUAUCUCAAAUUUACCCAGUUAUGGCGCUAAAUGUUUCAGUACAAACCAAAGGGAAGGUGUUGAACGCGUUUUACUUAUUAGCCCACGCUAUGGCUUGAGUCAAAUUCCAAGUGUAAGAAAUUCGGUGCCUCAACCUAUAUCAGCUAUUGAAGACUUUAGUCAUGUCACUGUCAACCGUGAAGAUGACGUGUCUUGCAGUGUCACCAUUUAUAUGCAAGGAGGCAAAGCAGUCAAAUUUUCGAUGGAGGAUCGUGAUGCAUGUGAAUUUUCACUAGUUUUAGCCGGUUAUCAUUGCUUAUUAACAGGAAAAACACUCGCUGUUGAACGGGAACGAGAUCAACACCAUGAUGACAAUGCACCAUCUUAUUUAACCCAACACACCGUCAUACCGGCUGUUUGGAGUUAUUUAUUGCCUUUUCACGAUCGAACUCACGGCAUAACAUUCCUAUUGUUGCCCCCCUAUCAUCCAAAAAAAGACAAAACUGUAUCAAUUGAAAGCAAAAAUGAAAGAAAUUAUAUUUUAAGUGGAUCCGAAAAGAAUUAUACGGACUUGAAUUCUUCAAAUAAGGCGGAUAGUAACCACAACCCUAAGAAUAUACCACUUUUUAAUAACGGUUCUACAAGUCUAGAUAUUCACAGUGUUAUGGCCACGGAAUUAUUGGAAGAAGCAAAGGAUUCCGGUAUAAGCGACAGUAUCGGUGGUGGUAGCAAUAAAUGUGACCGGUCAAUCACUAUGGAAACAAACGCUUUUAUAGAGGCUAAAAAUGUUGAAGUCCUACGGCGUGUUCACGAAAUGCAAAAAAUGGUGGAAAACUCCGAACAAUAUUUAAAUGAGCAGGGGGAGAUGGUUCCUGAGUCUGAUGAGCUUUCGUAUGAUACUAAUAUCAAAUUUAAUAGUAAUUUAAAUACAUGGCAGAAUGAAUCUAUAAAUAAGGAACAAAAUCUAAAUAAAAUAGGCAAUUCGCUGGAGUUCGAUAGUGACUGCGAAAGUCUGAACAGCAGCAAGAUAUCCUCAACGGAGGAUGCCCCUCAACUAGGAGCGCUUAAGCAUAGUGAUUCCUUAGUUCUUUUAGCAGAAGCCAUAAACCAAGAUUUAAAUGGCAUAACACAGAGUUUGAAUUCUAUCGGGAGGAAACCGUCAGAUUUGUCGAUAACCAUUUCUAAUAUUAGUACGACGUGUAGUCCGCAGCCAGAUAGAAAAUUUAACAACAUUGGACAAAUACUGUCCAAUCUGCAAACGAGCGCAGAUUUUUCUCAAAGUGAAAGCGAUUCUGAAUCAGUUAAUUCUCCAACGAGCUCUCCCGUAGCUCGCCGACCACUAAUUCUAUGUUCUAAUGACAAUAACCAUAAACAGAAUUUGGCUUAUCGUAGCAGUUUUGGACUUCAUAGUCCCGAUGGCAAUAAUUUUGGUUCAGAUAAUCGGGACUAUAAUUUAAAAGAAUACUUAAAACAACUUAAAGAAAUAAGCAAUGUGCAUGAUGGAAGUCAGGAUACCGAUGUAGCUGCAAGAAAACUUUCUGAAAUUUAUGGUUUUGAAAUUCAUGGUGACACAUUUAUUGCAACUGAUACUGAUUUAAUUGAUUUGCGUUCAAUACCACCUCCACGCACUCCUGAUGAACUAGACGCAAUAUCCCUACUGAAUGCUGCUCCACAGGGUUUUGGUGAUGGGUCGAAGAAUAUUUCAAAUACUAAUGCUGAAAGUGAUCUGGAUACAUUCCUAGCAAACAUAAUUGUGGCACCGCCGACACAAAGGACAACUCCAGCAAAAGAACUAACGCCAGAGGAAAUAAUGUCAUUUAUUAUUCCUCCACCACCUGAUCCAGAAGAGAAUAAAAAUAAUUCAAAGGAACAAACAGAAAAUCUAUACAGCAAUUCCAUUGCAGAAACACGAGAGUACUUUAAUAAAUCUGACGAUUCGAUUUCUGGAAAAUCGCCUCCAAACCGAAACCAAUUCAACAAGUUAAGUAGACGUGAAGGGGAACAUGUGAUCGAGUACUCCACAGUCGAACGCAAGGGAAAGUUUUCUUGUUGUCCAAAAUCUUUAAAAGGUAAUGCUGAAAAUAUUUCAGAAUCAAUCAAAAUCGGUCUUGAGGUGCCACCACGUUUACAAUCCAUUGACAAACCAACUCCUCCAGAGCGACCGCCUAAAAGUGUAGAAUUGAUUCAACGUUAUUCUCCAAAAAAACCACAAGGCACAGCUACUGGCUUAAAAAAUCACAAUGAAAAGGGUAAAAAACAAGAACAAGAAGCCCACGAUGAGCGACCACCAUUAUUACCACCAAGAAUUAAAAAUUUCAACCUUUCCGAGGAAAAUACUUCCACUCCAUCGGUGAGUGAAGCUCCACUAAAACCACCUUUGCCGCCAAUAACCAACCGUUCCACUCAGCGAAAUAUAUCAGUAAAUGUGAAAGAUUUAAGCAGUAAAAGCUUUUCACCUGUUUCACCAAUGAUGCCUUCAUGCGUUUUCCCGGUAUCUCAUCCUAACCCCAGCUCUAAUUAUGCCUGCAACAUACAACAUGAAAAUCACCCUAUUACUCUUACAUCGAAUGAGAAUCAUCUAUUGAAAAAUUAUUACCCCCAGACUUAUAUUAAGAAUUCACCAAUCGAUAAACUUCCUCCUCUCUCUUCAUUCAGUUCUCCCCAAAUGUCACAAAAAAUUGAAAGUCCUGGUUCAGUGUCCAUACCACUAAAAUCUGUUUUAUCACAAAAAUUUGGGGAAAAAUAUAUUAUAAAGAAUGGGCAUGUUAUUGACAGCGAAGCAUUGUUGACCAAAACCGACAUAGCAAUGGCAGGACUCUUGGUGAAACUUGAUCAGGUAGCCGCCAAGUGUUCAGCAGCGCAACUCGCAGGCGGGGGCUCCAAUAUUGACGAGGAUAAAUUUCAGCGAGCCCGGAAUGAGCUAACUGAACAAACAUUGAUGCUAGUGACUGCGUCUAAAUUUUUAGUAGUAGCAAUGUCGGAUAUGACUUUAUCGACUCUGCCAGAACAUCUCACUUCCUGUCUCACAGCGAUUCGUCGUAUUACUGAGCUCACACAAGAUAUGACGCUCCAUACCUCGUCACCAUUACAAACUCGAAACAUUGUGCUUAAAGUUCAUGAUGUGGGAUCCAGUUUCAGGGAAUUAGUAGGGGUGCAAAUCGGUCCAUUAGGCGCUGGACAACUUGCGUUACAAGCUGAAUGUUUAGCCAAUGUGUUAGCAACUUUACUCCGAAGUUUACGGGUAUUCUCGCCAUGAACAUAUGCAUACAUAUAUCGAGAAUGAGUAUCUUGUGUAAAUAUGUUACUUUUUUGUGAAAUAAUUUAUGCGUAUAUUAAACUUUUAAACUCAAUGUAACCAAAUAUUAUAAUAUUAUAUAAAUGAAUACCUACAAACGUAUUUACAUACAUACAUAUGUAUGAUAAUUAUAUAAUAUUAUGUAUGUCAAAGAUAUAUACUGGUAAAUACAAUAAAUUUGCCAAGAGAGUCAAAAAUUAUUUCAUAAGCAAUGUCUUUCAGAAAUAAGUAAUACAGCGCGGUCUAAUGAAAUAAUUUUCAUAUAUAUAAUAAUACAUACGGUAUAUAUGCAUGUAUCAAUUUAAAAAAUUUGCAAGUAUUAAAAAAUUCGUAUAACUUAUACAUAUCUAAAUAUUUAUAUGACCAGAUUUAUUAAAUCCAAACGAUAUCUGCAUACAUGUCUACUAUAUUUAAAUGUAUACAUGUAUGUAUAUAUGUAUAUACCUUUAUAUUUUCUUUUUUACAAAAUAUAAAUCUUUUUGAAAUGCAUUAUGCGUGUACAAUACGCCAUUACCCCUAAACUUACUAAAUUGAUAUUCUCGUGUCGUCUGAUAAGGACUAAAACAGUUAUGCUCAAAAUUUUAAACAAACGACUUCAAUUGAGCAAUACGUACCUACUUACAACAACGUUUCCUGUUGAAUACAUAUUAAAAUAAUAACUUCGUAUAUUAAUAUCGUUAAAUGCCUUUAUUAAUGGGAAAUUUGUAUUGGUUUAAGUUUUUGGGAGAUUUAUAUUCGGUCAAAAAUUUGUAGUCCCAUGAUUCUCGAAUACUGAAUUGUUUUAAAUUAAUUUACAUAAAAUAUUUGCGAAAAUCUUUGAAUUUUAGAAAUGUCUUCCAUAAAGUUAAUAUAAACUAACACAACACCAAAAAGUUGAUUUGUUGUUAUGACUUCCAAAUAUUAUUGCCAUCAAAAUUCACCAUCAGUAUACUUGUAGAUCAAUGUAUAUGUACCAUGUGUGUGCUAUUACAUAUCAAUAUACCGUUUCGAAUUUUGCGAAUAUACAUUUUUAUUUUCCAAAACUUAAAAAAUAUGUUUUUUUUUCAAUUCUUAGUAUACCAAAGAAUUUUAUGAAAGAUUUUUAAUGCUUCGGUCAAUCAGUAGUACAAACUUCAAUGGGUUUAUAUAUUAAGCGCACAUUCCACCAAAAUUAAAAACAAAUGCUGCAGAAUUCAUAUGUACGUGUAUUUGUUUAUAUUGUAAACAUAUACAUACGUAUCUACAUCCAUGUACUUUAUCUGUAGUUUUACAUAUAUGUGUAUAAUAACAUAAUAAGUGAUUAUAUGCAUAUUUCAAUUGCAUUAAGAUUUAAUGUUGUAGCUUCUAGCUUGAAUAUUCAUGACCAAACAAUAAUCAAAAAAAUAACUUGUGAUAUUUAAUUUUUGUGAAUUUAUUAGAAUUUGUGAUUUAAAUUCAUGAUAAUUAAGAGUUUAAACGGUUUAAAGAAAUUCUUUGAGCAGCGUACGAUUGGAUUUAUCCUUAAGUAAGACCAUAUUAAGUACAUGCAUACCUACAAACGUAUUUACAUACAUACAUAUGUAUGUGACAUACAAAUAUAUUAUAUAUGUAAACGAAAACAUAUAAAAUAAGCUAGUUUUUUUUUAAUAUAAGUUUGUUGAUUCGUUUUAGAUAAUACCUAAAAAGAUUAGUUUUUAAUAAGAAAUUAUUACUGCAUAAUUAAACUAUUAAAAAUAUUAUAUAUACAUAUGGAUUAUUAAUAAAUCUAUUAUUGUACUCCCUAUUAUGAUUAAACUAUUUCAUGCGAGCUUAUUAACGAUAUUGUGGGAAUGAGUUGGCGUUAAACGCAAUUCACAUAAAUAACUUUACACACCAACAUGUAAUAUGGUGUUGUAUUUACUAUAUAUAAUAAUAAACUAAACAAUUGUAAUAAAAACGCAUACAUAUUUAUUGUCAUAUGAAUGCACAUACAUACAGCAGGAGAUCUAAAACACAUAAACUCAAAAGAUAUUACCGUUACGUUCUUCAAGAACAUACAUCAAUUCACAUGUGGUUAGAAGACUUUAAAAACAAUAAAAAUUUAUACACGUUA